GAGAUGUCCAAGGACUUGCUGCCUGGGCCGUACCCCCGGACACCGGAGGAGCGGGCAGCUGCCGCAAAGAAGUACAAUAUGCGGGUGGAAGACUAUGAGCCCUACCCUGACGACGGCUUUGGGUAUGGUGACUAUCCCAAGCUCCCUGAUAAGUCGCUUCAUGAGAGAGACCCCUGGUACCAGUGGGACCAGCCGGACAUGAGGCAUAACUGGGGAGAGCCGAUGCACUGGGACUUUGACAUGUAUAUUCGGAAUCGCGUUGAUACAUCUCCCACUCCAGUUCCCUGGCACACCAUGCGCAAACACUUCCUUGUCUUUUUGAGUACCAUGCUGAUCAUGUUUGGUCUUGGAGAGAUCUAUCCAUCUUACAGGCCUGUGGGACCGAAGCAGUAUCCCUUCAAUGACCUGUAUCUGGAGAAAGGCGGAGACCCCAAUAAAGAGCCACCAGUGGUGACGCACUAUGAAAUCUGAAAGUUGUCAGAAGUGCUGUGUUUCUCCUGCAUCAGCUCUGCUGGGGAUGUCGUCUUCUCUAGUGUUCGCUGUGGCACGUGUUAACACUUGUUCAUCAACUUUCAGCCACUAACUGCAGUGAAAUAUAUCAAUGAUACC